GUAGUUUCAAAUUCAACGUGUUAACACAUACAAAAAUUAUUAAUGUAGAAACAAAUUUACAUUUUUAUUUUGUUUGUUGUGUUCUGGGUUUACCGUUCUGUAAUUAAGCUAAGAUUAGGCUAGCAAUCCCAACCGAAGAAAAUUAGCAAACAAAAUUCUCGUUGUUCUUCAUUUGGCUUUUUAGACGGAAACCCCCUAAGCAAUCAACAUGUGUUGUGGACCAGCUUCGUGCUGCCCGAACUGUGGCCCACCCUGUGGCGGUCCCUAUUGUACGCCAUGUUGCGUGGAGCUCUGCUGUUCACCCUGCACUCCGGCCUUCUUGCAGUGCACCUUCUGUCCCUGCUACCCUCGCUGUUGCUAGCGCAGUGAAGGCCGACUAGGAUGAGGAGUUAUUGGUAUGGGGUCAGUCCGCGCAACGGAUAGUCCUCCAGAUUGCUGACCACAAUUAACAAAAUAAUAAUGUAGAACAAAAAAAUAAAUAAAAUCUAACACAAAAA